AAAUAAGUCGACAUUUUAUACAACUAUUAAUUAUAUUAUGCCAUUCAUAGCAAUUCGUCAUCACUUUCUAGUCUAUAGUCUUUGCUAAACAUAAAGACAUUUGAUUUCUUUGUUUUCUAUACAAUUCUACAAUUAUUCAAUGAUUUCUUGUCUUAUUAUUGUUUCAAUUAUUGAUUCAUAAAUAAAUGAAUUCUUCGUCAAUAAUGUCGCGAACAAUGAUUAGUAUGACUACAUCUAACAGUCCAUCCCAGUCCUCAGUUACCAACCAAUCUGCUAAUACAUCUGCAAAGUGUUCAUCAGCUAAUGGACCGUCUGUUUUAUCCGCCGAUGAAAUGGUAGAAAUGCUCAAAAACUUGGCCGCAGUUAAUGAAAAGUUACACAAAUGGGAACAAUCUAUGAAAAAGUUGGAAACUUAUCCCGACAAUGAUAUUAAUAAGACAUUAAUGAAAGAUAUUAUGGAUUUUUUUCAUAUGAAUACUGAAACUAUAAUUGCAAACAAAAUUGGCAUUGGAAUCGACACUUCAAAUAUGUAAAGUAUUGAUAACGAUAAGUCUUCGACACAGGAUAAGGCUAUCUAUCUAUACGGACAAUUAGCCCAUAAAUGUCAUCAACAGAAAAAUUUUAUGGGCGCUGCGAAAGCCUACGAGAGAGCGGCCACUCUUCGCUUUGAUAAUCCAAACAUUUUGAAUGAAAACAACUCGAAAGACACGAAAACAACGAUUCAAUACUUGGAGUCAGCGAUUGUCAACUACGAUGCUAUCCAUAAGUACAGACACGCGGGAACUCUGCACUACCGGUGCAGCAAAAUCUUACGCCUAAUGAACGCCUCGAGUGAAGAGGUGGCCAAACACUACUGUCAGGCCCUCGAGUACUUCACAAUGAGGAACCAUGAGGUCAAACAUCGCAAGAGAAUCGAUGUGGCCAAACACUACUGUCAGGCCCUCGAGUACUUCACAAUGAGGAACCAUGAGGUCAAACAUCGCAAGAGAAUCGAUUAUAGCCGCUAUAGUACUCGGGAAUGCGAUUCCAAUCGAUCCACAGAUAAUGAGGACAGUCAGGGCGCACACACCGAGUACUUCAUGUCAGGAGCGAGUUGUAGCAAAAAGGGAGACCUGUUUGACAUGACUCCGGCAGAACUGAUGGCCCCUAACCUCCAUCACAGCAGUAAAGAGUCGAUUAUAUCUAUUACACAACACAACCAAAUGAAACAACAGACCAAUCGGUGUAUUGAAGACCGCAUAGAAUCGGCCAAAAAGUUGGUCAAAAAGUUGCAU